ACCAGCGGUACCAGUUCGUAACAGGUGUUUUUAUUGAUACAGCUAAGACUAUUGAUACAACGUGACGUUUCAUUCAAAUGGUUUGUGUUUACUUAGUUCUGUGAAAGUAUUUGUGUUUCAGAUAAGGAAUUAAUUAUACAUUGAGCAACAUACAUUUGCGUUGCCUGCUUUGUUAUUGUUAGAUCAAAUAUGGGGCGUAAGGUGACAUUGGCAGUUAGCACUUUGAACCAGUGGGCUUUGGACUUUGAAGGCAACUUGGCACGAAUCCUGCAGAGUAUACAGGCAGCUAAGGAUGCUGGUGCUACAUACAGAAGUGGUCCAGAACUGGAAAUAUGUGGGUACAACUGUGAGGACCACUUUUUAGAAAGUGACACUCUGUUACAUUCUUGGGAGUUGCUGUUGGAACUCCUCAUCAGUCCCAUCUGCAAAGACAUUAUUGUGGAUGUGGGGAUGCCAGUGAUGCACAAGAAUGCUACGUACAACUGCCGAGUUAUAUUUCUGAACAGAAAGUUGCUGCUCAUUCGACCAAAGUUACUAAUGUGUGACACAGCGAGCUACAGAGAAACUCGUUGGUUCAGUGCUUGGAGAAAAUUGCAAGAGACUGAGGAUUACUAUUUGCCAAGAAUGAUCCAGACUUACACAGGCCAGUCUGUAGUUGCUUUCGGAGAUGGUGUCAUCUCUACCAAAGACACCUGCAUUGGCUUUGAAAUCUGUGAGGAACUUUGGAACCCUGUCAGCUCUCACAUCCCAUUGUCCCUUGAUGGUGUGGAAAUUGUAGCCAAUGGUUCAGGCUCAUAUAUGGAGUUGAGAAAAGCCUACACCACUGUAGAGCUUGUCAAGUCUGCCACAUUCAAGGCAGGGGGCUGUUACCUAUUCAACAACUUGCGGGGCUGUGAUGGUCAAAGAAUGUACUUCAACGGGUGUUCCUGUAUCGCACUGAAUGGGGAGGUCAUCGCUCGUAGUCUGCAGUUCUCGCUGCAAGAAGUGGAAGUAGUGGUAGCCACCAUAGACUUGGAGGAUAUUCGCUCCUACAGGAAUCAAGUCCGAUCACGCUGUACACUUAGUGGCUCCCAUAAGGCAUACCCUCGGAUUAAUGUGGACUUCUCUCUGUCGGAAACUGGGCCAUGGGGAUCAGUGGCACCCUCCUACAACCCCAUCACAUGGAUAUACCAUCCUCCUGAAGAAGAGAUAGCGAUGGGUCCAGCUUGCUGGCUGUGGGACUACCUCAGGCGGUCAGGACAAGGAGGUUACUUCCUGCCCCUGAGUGGAGGAGUCGACUCGUCCGCUGUCGCUUGUAUCGUUCAUUCCAUGUGCCGGAUGGUGGUGUCUGCGUGUGCGGCUGGGGACACGCAGGUGCUGGCAGAUGUCCGCAAGAUGGUGUGUGACGCAGAGUAUGUGCCCAGACAGCCGCAGGAGCUGUGUGGCCGUCUGCUCUUCACCUGCUACAUGGGCACCCAGAACUCCUCUGUGGAGACCAGACAACGUGCCAAGACUCUGGCUGCGCAGAUUGGCAGUUACCACACAGACAUCAGUAUAGACGGAGCAGUGUCUGCCUGUCUGUCCAUCUUCUCCCUGGUGACAGGAAUGAAGCCUCAGUUUGCAGUCCAUGGAGGUUCGGCUCGGGAGUCCUUGGCCAUGCAGAACAUACAGGCGAGAUUACGCAUGGUGCUGUCGUACCUGUUCGCCCAGCUGAUGUUAUGGGCCAAGAGCCGUUCAGGAGGGCUCUUGGUGCUCGGCUCAGCCAAUGUGGAUGAAGCGUUGCGAGGCUACAUGACCAAAUAUGACUGUUCCUCCGCUGACGUCAACCCGAUUGGUGGCAUUUCCAAGACUGAUCUUAAGAAGUUUCUAGUUUACGCCAAAGAUAAGUUCAAUCUGCCAGUGCUGGAGGAUAUCAUGGCUGCAGCCCCGACAGCUGAACUAGAACCACUGACAGAUGGUCGCAUCACACAGACAGAUGAGCAGGACAUGGGCAUGACGUACGCGGAGCUGAGUACUUACGGCCGCCUACGCAAGAUACACCGGUGUGGUCCCUACUCUAUGUUCUGUAAACUGGUCUCCACGUGGGGUGAUCAGUGCACUCCUGCCGAGGUAGCAGAGAAGGUGAAACACUUCUUCCGGUGCUAUGCAAUCAACAGGCACAAGAUGACUGUGCUGACUCCAUCCAUCCAUACAGAAGACUACAGUCCAGAUGACAACCGGCAUGAUCACAGGCCCUUGCUAUACAAUGUGUCCUGGAACUGGCAGUUCCGGUGCAUCAGUGAACAGCUCCAGCAGUUGUCUGCAACAACAGAUCUGUUAGACAAGACACCUAAGACAACUCCAGCCAAGGCUCGGCUCAGCAAACUCAUGGACCGUAAGUGCUGCUCUUCUCUCCCCCUACCCCCUCCUCCUUCUCCUGCACAAGUACUUUGCUUCGUGAAGCCAAUGGAAAGACAGGAGUAGUAGUGUAGCCAACGAGACAACUAUUGUCUGCGGAACUUCGACUUGCCCAUCUUUUCGUUUUAGUUUAGUUGUUUAAUAAAGAGACAAUAAGUAUUAUUGAAGCUAGUAGUAUCCAUUUGUUUAUAUUUUGUGUAAACGCUGAAUUAAAAUUUCACUAAUCAGUUAAACACACCACUUUAAGCACAUUGGAUACCUACAUGUUCCAGUGAUGAACUAAAGCCAAAUAUAUUAGUUAUGAUUUAAACAUUUUUAUUUCUUAUAUUUUAAUAUUUUGCUGUAAGUUUAAGUUUUUCAGUAACUAGUUAGUUAAUAUUAGGUGUAAUAAAGUUGAUAGUGCGAUAUUGAUUAUUUAGUUGUCAGAUACAUCAAUAAAACUUUCAGAAUAGUACAGUAUAGAACAGAAUAGUAAAGUUUAGUACAGAAUUACAGUAUAGUUCACAUGCAGUACUAUGUAAAUUACUAGUAGAAACUGAACUGAAUUAUGGUAUCACUAAUAUUACUUUCCAACCUGAUUUUUUUUAGUUUAGAUUACUACACUGCACAGCUGCAAAGAAUAGGUUGUUGAAAAUAUAUGUUCCUUAAUUAUUUUAAGAUUGAAAUCACUUGAUUGAUGUAAGUUUGAACCACUAUACUUCCUGUUGAAGUGAAAAUAUUUAUGAACAACAUGUAAAAUAAACUAAUGUAGAUAACAAUAAAGAUCAAUAUUUUAUUUUUUUAAUAUGUAAAACCUGAUUGGUAACAGGUUAUUUAUUUUUUAUAGUGGACAGAAGUUACAGUUUAAGAUCUAAUGUUUUUUUAACUCUCUAAUGUUUUAAUAUGCUUCCCUAAUAUUAUUUCGUGUUGUUAAAGAUUUUAAAUUCCUUUAAAUAUUUAAGUAUUAUAAAUUUUAUCUAAAAGUUACUCAUUUUAUGUAUUAAAUGUUGUUCCUUAUGUAAGCUUUUGUUGGAGAAAUUUAUGGAUUUUCUACAUUUAUAUUUUAAAAGUUAAUUUCAUAUUUGUUUAUGCAAUAAAAAAUAGUAAAACAAACUCAAUUUUAAAUAACUAUUUUCUUUGAGAAAAUCCUUUUUAAAUUAGCAACAUCAUAUUUAUAACGAUUAAAUGAAAUCUGAUAAAAUAUUGAACAUUUACAUCUAAUAGAUAUAAGUUUUAAUUUGCAAUAAGUUAGUUUCCAAAAAUUUUAUACAACUGUGGUGUAAUUUUAUUUACUUAUGUUCUAUGACAUCCUAAGAUUACUGACAUAGUUUAUAAGUAAAACACCUAAUUAUGAAUACAGUCUCAGGCUAAAUGAAUUAAUUCUGUGUACAACACAGGUUCUGUUUAAUAACUAAUAACAUAUCAUAAUGUACAGUUUAGAUUAAUGUCCAUGACAUUUUAUUUAAAAUAAAAGUCUUCAUUGUUA